CUUAAUAAAAAAUUAGAAUUAUCAAUUGUUCUACCCGAUGGUUAUCCUUCAUGCAAUAAUACACAUCAUCCUGUUAAACCAAUAAUUACUUUACGUUUAUUAUCUGAGAAUAAUUCAACUGGUAGCAUAAAUCUACGUGAAUUAUCAUCACGUUUUAAUGAUUGGUUAAAUGAAAUAACAAAUACUGGUGAACCAAUUUUAAUAGCAUGUAUAGAUUGGCUUCAAAACGAAUUAUUAUCUAAUGAAUUUAAAGAAAGUGAACAGCAGUCUUUCUCAACAACAACAACAACACCCAAUUCAAUUGUGACUAUUAAUGAAAAGAUUGUUUGUCUAUGGAUUAUUAGUCAUCAUAUUCGUAGUCCAAUAAAAAGACGUCUUAUUUUGGAAUGGUCAAAAGAAUUGCAAUUAACUGGUUGUUGUAUGCCUGGACGACCAGGUUUAGUGAUUGUAGAAGGUGAAGAAAGUAAA